AUGGUCGCUGUUCGCUUCACUAUACUUGUUGUUUGGCUCUACAGGUUUAGUGUAGUCACCAGAGCAGAUCAACCCUACUUAGGAAUCCCAAGCUGUGCAAUAAGUUGUGUUAACCAGGAGAUUAUUGGUUAUUCUAAUUGCUCUAUCACAAAUCAAGACUGUAUUUGUCGCGAUGCUGUUUUCACAGCUAGUGUGCAGGCAUGUGUCUUACAAAAUUGCACAGUAAAGGAAGCACUAGUUGCCCAAAACCAUACAUCAGCAGCCUGUUCUAUGCCGAUGUCUAAGCCAAAUCCUCUACAUAAAUGGUUUCCAACGGUGCUCUUCGUCUUCUCAACUUUCUUCAUAAUAGGAAGAUUGACAAACAAGUGGUUAAGGGUUUCGCCCUGGGGUUGGGAUGAUACCUGCAUUAUUAUCGCAUAUCCCUUAAAUGCAGCUUUCCUUCCAGGAGCUCUUCUUGCACAGAGAGCCGGCGCAGGGAGGGACAUUUGGACUCUCACCUCAGAUCAAAUCACAGAGCUUCUAUUGAUUGUAUUCAUUUUUGGAGUACUAUACUUCAUGAGCCUUGCUUUCAUCAAAACCUCGAUCGUCUUUUUAUAUCUUCGGAUUUUCCCUGAUGAGAAAUUUCGAAAGCUGCUGUGGCUCACACAAGUAUUUAAUCUGAUGCUUCUGAUAUCGUUUCUUGCUGGUCAACUUACUCUCUGCCAACCCUUGAAGUUUGUUUGGCUAGGCUGGGCUAAGGAGAUUGAAGGUUACUGCUUUAACCGUAAUGCAUUUAUUAUUUGGCAUGGUGCUAUUAACCUUGCUUUGGAUUUAUGGAUGCUGGUGUUACCUUUAACGCAACUCUACGGCUUACGUAUGCAACUUAAAAAGAAGUUGGGUAUUAUACUCAUGUUUAGUAUUGGAAUAUUUCUUACAGCAGUAAGUGCUUAUCGGAUCAAAGCGCUAUUAGUAUUUGCAACAUCUCUAAAUUUUUCUGCCGACUCCCUCCAGACUUCCUUAUGGUCUCACAUCGAACUCAGCGUAGGGGUUGUUGUAGCUUGCUUACCAAGCACACAACAGGUUUAUUUUAGGUUUUCUCCCGUUAUCGUCAAAUUUACCCAGAAAAUAGGAUUUAGUAAAUCAAAAGAGAUUUCUUAA